ACACUCAUCACCACCCUCCCGGAAUGCAUUCUUCUCUGAAAAUCGUUCAAUUCCUUCAACGCAUAGAAAGCACGAAGAAGCUCCCAUCAAAGGUGCUCUCACGGGCCUCCUCUAGCAAAAGCCGGAUACCAUCGAAUCUAUCAAGGAAGUACAUUCCAAAUGCUGACGAGAUGAAAGAGGUUUUCAAAAUGAUCGACAAAGACAGAGACAAUAAGAUCUCUGUGAAGGAUCUCCAAAAGGUGCUGACAGAAUUGCGAGGCAAGGACAUGGCGGAAGAGGCAGAGAAGAUGGUGAACGCGGCCGAUUCGGACCGCGACGGGUGUAUUAAUUUUAAGGAGUUCAUGGAAGUGCACAACAACGGAGGAGGCAUUAGACUUCUUGAAAUAGAGACUGCGUUUUCCUUGUGUGAUUUGGACGGUGAUAGGAGGAUUAACGCAAAGGAUCUGGAGGGGUUGCUGAAGAGGUUGGGGAAAGAGAGGAGUCCUGAGGAUUGCGAGAGGAUGGUUUGUAAUGUGGCCAGGGAUGGGAAAGGGGAGGUGGACAUGGAUGAUUUCAUUAUCAUGAUGACUAAGACCAUGCACCUGCAGUCUGGGUGAAACUACUAGGAGGAUGAUACGGGGAGAACGAAAAUGGUAGAGCCAUCUCUCUACGGUGUGUUUGGUAGGGUGAAGUAUCGAUCGGGGCCGUUCAUCUGGUGGGCCCUUUUGUGGAUGGAUUAAAUUUCUAAGAUCAGACCUAUUAGACGAUCUUGUCCAUUUCUUUUGAAGGUCACUGAUCUGAUGGCUGGGAUCCUCGAUCUACAAACCAUUUGCAAUCCCC